UGGGAGUGGGAAAGAUGGCGGCGGCGCUGUCGCUCUGUCCUCCGGGCUGAGGCGUCCGGUGCGUUUCCUGGUCCUUAGAGCGCCUGACGGCUUCUGGAGCAACCACCAUGUCGGAGCCCGGCCACCUGGGGGUGAAGCGGGCCGAGUCGGCGAAGCUGAGGCGGGCGGAACAGUUGAAACGCUGGAAGGGUUCCCUGACCGAGCUGGAGCCGGUGACGCCCGCCCGAAGCCGGCACCGCGGCGGGCCCCGUGUCCGCUUCGAGGACGGCGCGGUCUUCCUGGCCGCUUGCUCCAGCGGGGACACCGAGGAGGUGAAGCGGCUGCUGGCCCGCGGAGCCCGUCUCAACACGGCCAACGUGGACGGGCUGACAGCCUUGCACCAGGUAGCCCGACGGGCGGCACGCAAUCCCGGGAGGGAGAGCCCGAGUGGCCCGGCCCGCCGGCUGCCUGCUGCCGCCGCCGCCGCCGCCUCGGGGAUGGGUGGGCAGACGGGGGCUGAGAUGGAAAAGUUCCUGGUAGAAUAUGGAGCCAAUGUAAAUCAGCAAGACAACGAGGGCUGGACCCCACUUCAUGCAGUUGCAUCUUGUGGCUAUCUGAACAUAGCAGAAUACUUAAUAAGUCGUGGGGCCAACGUAGCUGCAGUGAACAGUGAAGGCGAAGUCCCAUCUGACCUUGCAGAGGAAGAAGCCAUGAAGGAUUUGCUGUUGGAACAAGUAAAGAAGCAAGGGACAGAUCUGGAUCAAGCAAGGAAAGCAGAAGAGCAACAAAUGCUGCAGGAUGCACGGCAGUGGCUAAACAGGCGGAAAAUUGAAGAUAGAAAAAAUCCCCGAACUGGGGCUACCCCUCUUCAUGUAUGCGCACACUCAGGAAAGGGCUACUCUGAAGUCAUGAGGCUCUUGAUUCAAGUUGGGUUUGAUGUAAAUGUCCAGGACAGUGAUGGCUGGACUCCACUCCAUGCUGCUGCACACUGGGGAGUGAAGGAAGCUUGCUCUAUCUUGGCUGAAGCACUCUGUGACAUGGACAUCAGGAACAAGCUGGGUCAAACACCAUUUGAUGUGGCUGAUGAGGGACUGGUUGAGCACUUGGAGAUGCUGCAGAAGAAGCAGAAUAUGCUGCGUAGUGAAGAGACAAGAAACAAGCUAAUUGAAGCUGAUAUAAAUGGCAAACUUCAAAGCGGACUCUUCAGAAACAAAGAGAAGAUUCUUUAUGAGCCAGACACUCUGAAAUCCCUAGACCAUGAAGAAGAGAAUAAAGAGUCCAGUAGCUCCAGUUCUGAGGAAGAAGCGGAGGAAGAUGAUGUUUCAGAAUCAGAUACUGAAAAAAAGGCAGAGAGAAAGGAAGAGUCUCUUGCUAACCACUCCAGUCAUAACCCCCAAAUGCUCAUCACAGAACAAGUACCACCACCUGAGCAUAACACUUUCACUAUGGCUCCUGUCAGAAAACUUACUACUGCUUUGCUCAACAAAUCUGAAGAACAAAAGAAUGAAUCUCCCUCUUCCUGGAGGCUAAGUCUGCGGAAAACUAGCAGUCAGAACACACUCAGUGAAGGCACUGCUCCUCGUGAUACACUGAAAGAUAAGGGAGGCUCUAUCUAUCGCUCUUCUUCAACCCCUCGGAUUUCUGCAUUAUUAGACAAUAAAGAAAAGCAGGACAAGGACAACAAAAUUUAUUUUGCUUCAGUAGCCCCUCGAAGGUUGAAUAGUACAGGUGACAUGGAAGAAAAAGAAAACCGAGAAUCUGCUGUUACCUUGGUACGAAGUGGUUCUUAUACGCGGCCAUUAUGGAGGGAUGAUCCAAAGGGAAAUGAAGCCCCUGCAACUGGUGCACCUUCCACCUAUGUAUCUACCUACAUGAAAAGUGCUUCAUUUGGUAGAAGUAGUGACCUCUGCAGUCCCUACAUUUCAGCCAAUCGCAAUGCAUCUCCUGCUACCUCACCCACUGUCCUUGGUUCACCUACCUCAUUGGGCACAGAGGGUCAGCUUGCCUCUUGCCCUGCAUCUGUCAGUUCAAAUACUACAGCAUCAGGCCGACAGUAUAUGAGAGUCCCAUACGGGCAACAAACGGAGCCUGCUGCAGAGAAGAGCACAGAAGGCAUCUCUUCUAGUAUUCCAUUAAGUGUCAUAACAAAUCUCUCUGUAUCCAGUACUGCCAAUGGUGUUGCAACUGCCAACUCUAACUCAACAGCCGGAACAGAGUCCUCUACUGGAGAUGCCAGGGAUCGCAGAAGUUCCAUUGAAAGCAAUUCAUGGUGA